AUGUCCUCCCGAUUCCCCCCAUCGUCCGGGUUCAAUUCCCGUGACCGUUCUCCGCAGCGAUUUGGAGACCGUCGCCCCCCGGUCGGUCCUCGUGGUCCUGACGACGGACCUGCACCAUUUGGCAGAGAUCCACCGCGUGGUCCAAGGGCCCUUGUUGACUCCCCUCGUGGUGGCCAUUUUGGUGGUCGUGGCAGGGGGUAUGGCCGUGGUGACUUUCGUGACCGUGACCGUGAUCCACGAGACCGCGACCGAGAUCGUGACUUUCGAGAUAACCGCGAUGGCCCACCGUUUCGCCGAGAUAUGGACCGCGACUGGGCUCGCCGCGACCGUGAUUUCGAUCCCCGAGACAACCGGAUUGGUUUUGGCCGAGGCCGCUCAAGAUCACCGACACGCGACUUUCGAGACAUAAGGGAGCCCCCGGGGCGCGAUUUUGAUCUGGUUCGCAUGCGACGCAACUCGAGGGAUAGUAUCAUAUCUGCAUCUUCAGGAGGCCCAGAAGGUCCCCCCAUCAAUAGUGGCCAUAUACACCGAGGAGGCAUGCGAGGGCGCGGUCGCGGAGAUUGGGAAGGUGGCCGCGGUCGUGGUCGUCCACCCUUCCUCGAUGAUCGUGAUCUUUUCCGUCGCCGCAGUCGAUCCCGUGAACAGUGGCAUUGGGACAACCGACGACCUGAUCGCGAGGACCGUGAUCGCCCCGUGGACUUCUGGAAACGAGACCGCCCCCCAAGUCGUGCAGAUAGCCGCGCAGCCAGCGGCUCAACCACUUCCUCACACCCUCCUACAGCACCCGGCCCUGGACCUGGAUCAGCUCUAGCAGAUCGACUGUCUGAUCAUCCCCAAAUGGAUCAUGGUCGGAAACCUUCAACCAUUCCCAGCAUUCCGGUCCUAGAACCUACGCGAGAUCCUGAGCGAAACGACCUUCUCGCCGCUCGAGCUAGUGCUGCUCGACCUGGUGCCAUUAGACAGGAUGUUGCUCGCCCCGAUGCUUCUCGACCUGACGUCAUUAGACCGGAUGCUGCUCGCCCUGAUGCUCCUCGAUCUGGCGCUAUUAGACCGGAUGCUACUCGCCCUGAUGCUCCUCGCCCGGAUGCUGUCCGACCGGAUGCCGCUCGACUAGAUGUCUUCCGCCCAGACGAUAUCCGCCCGGAUGUAGUUCGAUCAGAUACUCUUCGCCCUGAUCAUCCUCGAAUAGAUGCUCCUCGACCAGAUGCUCCUCGACCAGAUGCUCCUCGACCAGAUGCUCCUCGACCAGAUGCUGUUCGACCGGAUGCUCUUCGCCCUGAUCCUCCUCGAAUGGAUGCUGUUCGACUGGAUGUUGCUCGCCCUGAUCCUCCUCGACUGGAUGCUGUUCGACCGGAUGUUAUUCGUCCUGACGCUCCUCGACUGGAUGCCCCUCGACCGGAUGCUCCUCGCUCUCAUCCUCCUCGACCGGAUGUUAUUAGCCCUGACGCUACUCGACCGGAUGUUGUUCGCCCUGAUGCUAUCCGACCGGAUGUUAUGAAGAACCCACCUAACAUUCGGAACUCACCACCUCCAGCUGCGCCCCAGGUGCCCGCCUUUGGCUCGGUAGCUGCACCCACCACGAAUGCUUCAAACAAAGAUUUUCCAGACCAACGCACGGCGCCCAAUUCCAAUUUCCCCACAGAGAGAGACCGACAUGAAGCCCCUCAACGGCCACCAGUCCAACCUCCUACAGGGCCCAAGGCAGAAAGAACCGACAUCACACAGCAGCCUCUUGAGCCUCGCGGCCGCUUCGAAGGACCUCGGGAGGUUAGCAAGCAGCAAGUUGCGCCUCCUCGCCUCUCCAAACCGACUACCAAUCUCCCUGAUGUAUCACCACCCACUGCUCCAGCUGCCAUGACUCGGCCAGAUUCGGGAAUAGGGCCCAACGAAGGAUUUGGGGCCGGCAGGUCGAACUCACUCACCUCUUCCCCUACUUUUACACGAAUUCCACCGCCUGCUCCACGCGAAUUAUCCCGUGAGCCCUCUAUGUCGCCACGAAUGCAAUCGUCUGGCAUUCCAACCGGCCCUCGAGCAUUGCAAUGGAAUCCCUCACCGCGUGGCCGUAAAGGCAGCAAGCAAUGGGUGCGACCUGGCUACGGCCGAACGCCUUCUAUUCCUAAUGCACUACCGAAACAAGAGCCCGUCGAUGAGAGCGAAGGUGUUACCCCUGCCAAUGAAGCCACGCGACCUCUAUUACCACCUGAGAUAGACGAGCCUGAGAGUGGCGAGAUUCUUCCCCGUGAACCCGCGAAGGAACCCUCGCCUGUUUCCCCGUCAUUGAACCUCCCAUUACAGCGUAGCUUACCGGCUGUUGACAUUCAAACAAAUGAUGCCAAUGAACCCUCUGAGAAGGGCGGCAUUGACAAGCCCGCAUUGAUACCAGACUUUGAAGGCUCAAGUGACGAGGAGGACGGGGAGAACAUUGUCUUUACCCAGGAGUAUCUUGAUGAAAGAAAGCGGAUCUUUGAAAAGGAUAUGGAAUCACUCCGAGCAGAAUUGCCCCUAUCACCUUUGGAAGAUUCGGCCAUCGUCGCUCUUUUGCUCAAAAUCCAGCUACUCGGCAUGGUAGCCAACGAACAGACAGUUGAACCUCCCCCAGAACCACUCGCAGAACAAGUAUUAGAGCGACCCGUGGAUCCUUUGCCUUCAGUAGAGGUUGAAGAGUCAGCCGAUCAUCCAAGCACCGAGCGAGUGGUCUCUUUUGCUUCUACGCCACCCGAGCACGAACCAGAGCCAGUUGCAGAAACUAUCAUCCCCCCUGUGGUACCUCCUGACGAGGUUACUAUCGAAAGUCUUCCAUUCUUGCACUCAGGUCCUCCAACACCUAUUUCAGAUAUGGAUGUAUACCAUGAUAAUAUUGCGACCCAAAAUCGUCUCCGAGACGCGUUCAGCACACAACUUUCAAAGGUACAAGCGGAAACUUUUAGGAAAAACGCAAUCCUUAGGGACGAGUACGUGUCUCACUACAAGCUCUGGCGAAUGGCUAUUUGGGAGCUCGAUCGUAUGAAGGACAAGAAGUCCGUGACCCCUGGUCCAGCUUCUCCGCCAGUUUCCACUGUUCCAACUACCCCGGCACCCAUGCCAGAAGGCCGUGAAGGCCGUCGGUAUAAAGGAAAUAGCGAGCUCGAUUUUCUCAAUGCUUUGAAGGCCUCCGAAAUCUCCGCCCAAGAAGAGCUUGAACGUCGACGAAUCAAGAUGGCUACUGCUCGGCCCGAUUUGGGCCGUGAAGCGAUCAUUCCGAAUAUGCUGGAACCGCGGGAGGUAAAGGCUCGCAUCUACAAAGAUGUGAACAACACCAUUGAGUGCAAUAGGGCUCUGGACGUUUUCGGCUUCGCUCCGCCCCCUAAUGACUUCACCCCGGAGGAGCAUAUGAUCUUUACGGACGCCUUCAUGGCGCAUCCAAAACAAUGGGGCAAGAUUGCCGAAUCUUUGCCUGGUCGAAAUUUCCAGCAGUGUAUCGUACAUUAUUAUCUCACCAAGGAGGAGAUUAAGUACAAGGCCAAGCUCAGCAAACGCUGGAGUAAGCGCAAGGGGACCCGAAAGGGUCCACGACCGAAGUCCAACGCCCUCAUCGCAGACUUGAGUGUGGUGAAACCUGACUUUGUUGGUGAGGAUGAGCCACCCGCUGUUACAGACACCGGUCGUCCACGACGUGCGGCUGCGCCUACGUUUGGCGAGUCAGCCGAGGCAGAAAGCGUUCCAGUUGGCCGUCGGACCCAGCUUGGCAAGGACGGUGAACCAGUGGAAAGAUCAUCUCGGCGUGGCGGACGGGGCGGAGGUACUCGCGGUGGACGGCGCGCGAAGACGGCUACUCAAUCGGAUCCGAAGGCCCAGGUGGUAAUGCCACAGGGCAAUCUGCCUCCAAUUGUAUCGCCAGCGCCACUUCAUCCUGGAAACGAGAUGGAAUUGGUUUCAGAUCACAUCAUGGAAGGGUAUGAGGCCCGGGAACGAGAGCGGGGCGAAAAAGAAUCUUUAACGCCAAUCCCUCGAGGCAGGGUGGGACGCGGACGAGCAAAAGAAGGAGUUUAUGUCUUUGAGUCUACUGAAGUUGAACCGCCUCUGGCAAGCAAGCAGCUGGAGACUGGUUAUGGCUCCUUGCAGCCAACGAGUUACUGGUCUGUACCGGAGCAGCGCGAUUUCCCAGGCUUGUUGGGACAUUUUGGUCGUGAUUUCGAGGGUAUCUCGGGCUGGAUGAAGACUAAAACAACGGUGAUGGUCAAAAACUUCUAUCAACGCCGCCUGGACUCGGGCCAGAAAGACUUUGAGUUGAUUUUAACGGAUGCAGAGGAGAAGAAGGCUCGCGGUGAGCCUACAGGGCCGCUUCCCAUUCCAAGUGUUGCACCAAAGCGACGAUACGAGGCGACUCCGUCUUCUAUUAUCCCUCGUCCACUUGCCCCUCAUGGGGAUCCUAUGGCUGAGGUCGAUGAAAUAAGAUUCCCCAAAGGCAAGGCUGUUGGUCUCUCACCGCAGCCGAUGUCUUUGCAUGGGCGACCUCCAUCCGACAAGGAGCGGAAUGUCGGUCGCUACCAGCCACUCGCACAAGCUUCUGCUGCUUCACCAGUGCCCUCUACUGCAACUCUGAUUGAAGAGUCGACUCGGGCAAUUCGCGCGCAAGGAGGGCAAUCCCACCGCAUUCAGGGCCCACGUCUUGGGUAUUUUACAGAGGACAGACGAGACUCUUCGGUACUGCCCCAUGCCACUUCCCGUACGCAAGAACUACCAAUGUCAUCGCGCCAUCCUGGCUCCAUGCCACCGGAUAUGGCACGAAUGGAACCCUUGUCCGCACAAGGCUAUAUGCCGGCACAGCAGCCAACUUCUCUACUUUCAGCGACCCACUCACGUCACCCAAGCUUAACACAAACCCCCGGCUCGCCAACCCAGCAGCUUAGACCAGAACUUGACAUCUCAUCUGUUCACCGCGAUCCUUUUGCCCAAAGACCCUAUUACUCGCUCGCAGGUCAGCCCAUGGGUCUAGCUCAGUCGCCUCACCCUGGGUUGUCGCCAGUGAAGGAUGUCCCUCGCCCGAGUGCUACUCCUGGUCCCGACGCAACUCGUCAGGUGCCUGCCAAACGGUCCAACAUCAUGAGCAUCCUCAAUGAUGAACCUGAAGAGCCUCAGCCGCGCAAACGAUUUGCCAGCGAGCAGGCUCCAUCUGCCCCUGGCGCAGCCCCAGGCAUAAACCCAAGGCCUGUAUACCAGACUGGAGCACCCCCUCGCCAUGAAGACACUAUCAUGUCAGGUAUGUCACAAAAGCCCUCUGGUUACGCCCAGCAAAGCCAAUAUCAGCCAUCAUCUCGUGGCUACGAGUAUCCUGGCUACGGACCCCCUCAUGGUGGCUCGGGCACGUCGGCGAAUAACGACUGGAUGGCACGGUUUGAUCCGCGAGCGCAACAAACACCGCCGCAACCCCAAGCCCAAUCACUCCCAUCACAGCAGCAGCAAAGCGGCCGUCAGGGUUCCUAUUCAUCUUACGCGGCAAACCCCAGCCAGUCUUCGAUGCCUUUGACGAAUCUUCCUGCGCCAUCCCCAGCGCCGACUCCCCCCCCAACAAGUGCCUCUCAACGAUCGGCUUAUCCCAAUGUUUUCUCCCAAGCCUCCUCUGCUCAACCACCCAUGACCUCUGGCUCCCGAGAUACGGCUUCGCAACCGACUUCCUAUCGACAAGGGUCACCUGGCCCGCGUUCCAGUAUGGCAUAUGGAUCGCGACAAGAUCCACCAACACCAGCGCAGUCUUCGGCUAGCUUGUACGGUAUGCACCAGCGCCAGUCCGCAACGCCAAAUGCAGUACAGUCACACAGCUAUCAACAACAUGUGCAAACAAUGGUCAGUGGGUCGCAUCAGCCGCAAUCCCACCGCUCAACACCUGUCAACUUACCCGGUGCUUCUUCACAGUACGGGCACAACACCCCUCCUCCCCAGUCCCAGGCUGGCCGGUCAAUGGCAUCGCUGGCGAGCCUCGGUCGUUCAUACACUCCUCCAUCUGCUCUACAUCCCUCUAUGAGUGGAGGCACCAUGGGUAGCUAUGCUCCCCCUCAGUCAUCCACGCCUGGAUCGAUACCGCCGCUCCACCAACGACCUCCAGGAUCGCAUGGUGACACUGUCCCCACCCCGACACAUCACCGUGUUUACAGCCAUGGGUCAGCUCAAGGUGGACUGCCGCCUCCUUCGCAACCUCCUCGGUAG